GCUGAAGCUGAGUGUAGGGCAGGGAAAUGCAUGUGGCUGUAGAAUUCCUAAUUUUUACCCUUUGGGUAUUUUCCUUUACCUUAGCACAAAAUCAGGAAUGCCUUCGAACAGAGAUUAAUUAUAAAAACACUCAAAAAAGUGACCUCCUUGAAAGCUAUGAACAUGGACAAACAGUAAGACUGAACUGUGCAACAGGCUAUACUGGAUUUUACAAGCUUCGUUGUGAAAAUGGCAAAUGGACAAAAAUUGUUGGAAGAGACUGCAAAAAAAAGAAUUGUGGUCAUCCAGGAGACACAACAAAUGGAAACUUCAGACUCAUACGGGGUACAGAGUUUGUGUUUGGAUCUACAGUGGAAUAUAGUUGUAAGAAAGGGUAUGUAAUGGCCAGCAGAGUAAAUACUCGUAACUGCCAAGCAGACGGUUGGGAUAAUGCUGUCCCUCUCUGUGAAGUGGUAAAAUGCCCUGAAAUUUCAACUGAUAAUGUAAUUGCAAGGGGUAAUACUGAAGAACCACGCUUUGGUGAUGUUAUCCAAUUUGAGUGCGCGUCUCCUAGUCAGAUGUUGGACAACACAGAAGAAAUACACUGCGAUGAGACUGGGGUAUGGAGUGCACCUGUUCCAAAGUGCAAAGAAGUAGAAUGCCAGCCUCCUGAUCUACCUCACGGAACUAUUUCUAACCCUAAGCCAGCGUACAAGUUAAAUGAAGUGUUAAAAUAUACAUGUGACUCUUUCUACAAACUCAAAGCUGGAAUCAUUCAAUGCACUAAAUAUGGGUGGAGUAUAUAUCCAGAGUGUCAAGAAAUUACUUGUGCACUUGGACCAACUACCUAUGGCACAGAAAAGACAAUCCCAAUAGGGAAAAAUAUAUUUAAAGCUUUAGAGUUUGUUGAGAUCAUCUGCUUAAAAAACUACUUGGUUGGUGGAACAAAGAAAAGAUCACAAAUGAUCAGAUGCGAAGAAAAUGGAGAAUGGAAAAUCCCACCAAAGUGUGCAGUGAUAACCUGUGACGUUCCAUAUGACAAACAUGUGUAUUCACCUGAUUACUAUUUUACUAAAAGAAGAUUGGACGAUUCCAAUUAUUAUUAUUGUCAUAAUGGUUUUAGUAAAACUGCUGAAAAGGCCACGUGUACAGAGAACGGCUGGUCUCCACAAGAACUAUGUACUGAAAUUGUUUGUAAAGCACCAGUGAUUACAUAUGGGAAGAUAACUGGGAAUCAACUAAAUACUUAUAAACCAGGAACUAAAGUUUAUUUUCAGUGUAAUCCUGGAUAUGAAUCUGUAAAAACUUAUAUCUUAUGUAAUCGAGAAGGAAAAUGGGAUACUGAACAACCCUGCAAAAUAAAAAAAGGAGCUUGUGUUGAAAUCUCUUUGGAAAAUGGAUUUAUUUACAAUUUUAAACCUGGAGAUCUCACAAAUCAAAUAUCCCAGAGUGUUUCCUACUCAUGUGAGACAGGCUAUAAAGCAUGUGACAGUACGUGGUGGGGAGUAAUAACCUGUGUUAGGGGUGAAUGGGAUCACAAGCCAUUGUGUAUAGAAACAAAUAAUUGUGGUCCUCCUCCCAAUAUAAAACAUUUAAAUGACCCACAGGAAGAGUAUCAAAAUGGGUCACAGGUGGAAUAUGAAUGUGACCUAGGAUAUGUGUCUUAUAUCAAAUGUAUUAAUGGAGCAUGGCAGAUCCCUGUCUGUAAAUCAUGUGGUCCUCCCCAUCACAUUGAAAAUGCAGUUAUCACUGCUUACACUCACAGAGCUGCAACAUAUAAAUGUCAAGACCUUUUUGAAAUGGAGGGAAAUUACACCAUUUUCUGCAACAGCUCACGCUGGGAAAAACCACCAACAUGUCACUUGUCAUCCUCUGCAUGUGAAAAACCUCCAAAAAACAUAAACAAUGGCGUCAAGAAGGAGAUAGACAUUGACAAACUGUACUACAAAGAGGGAGACACUGUGAGUUAUAAAUGCUCUGAUGGGUAUGCAUUUAAGGAUGUAACCAGUGCCACUUGUGUUGGGAAGAACUGGACGUACCCUAUAUGUUUAUUGCCUACAUGUCCAGAUCCUGUUGAGAAAAUAAACAAUGGCUUUCUUAUCGACUCUAAUGAAAAGAAGAAAGAAUAUACAAAAGAUGACACUGUAAAAUAUAAAUGUAAAGAAGGUUCAGACUAUCGUGAAGCCAUCUGCAAUGGAACUAAUUGGUUGUACCCAGAAUGCAUAUCAUCUUCCAAGUGUUUUCAGCCACCAUCAGUUAAUAAUGCAGAAGCAAAUGACAUUAAGGAUCAAUAUAGUGAUGGUGAAAAAGUUACCUAUACUUGUGCUCAUCCAUACACAUUAGUUGUCAACAAUGAAAUGACCUGUGAACAAAGAAAAUGGAGUGGAAAUGUCAAAUGUGAAUUAGUAAGGUUAAAUUCUACAUGCUUAAGUCCUGACCAGCAAAUAAAAAACAGCACUUUAAAAAAUGAACAGGAUUUAAAGGAGAUCUACCAAGAAGAUGAAACUGUAGAAUACAAAUGCAACGAUGGCUUUCGCUUUCAGGGUAACUCCUACGCUGACUGUAAAGGAGGAGAAUGGAAUUACCCAACAUGCAUAUCAUCAUCCAAGUGUUCUCAGCCACCAUCAGUUCAAAAUGCAGUUGUAAAUGACAGUAAGAAACAAUAUAGUGAUGGUGAUAAAGUUUCCUAUACCUGUACUAAUCAACGCACACUUGUGGGACACAUAACCUGUAGACAAGGAAAAUGGAACGGAUCUGUCAAAUGUCAAUAAUUCAAAAACUAUGGAGGCUGUUGGGAGGUUUUUGAUGAGAGAAUGAUUUUGUAACUCACUUCUGGCACAACUAAAUGCAUUUACCAAAACAACUGUUCAAUAAAGGAUUAUAGAAAUAAUGUUUGACCCAAAGACCCUACAUGACACAUAACAAGACAUACUUUCUUAUUUACAUUGAUUACACAUGAUUUGUAUGAAUUUGUCCAUGCAUAUUUUAACAGUCAAUAAAGCAUUUUAAAAAGCUA